AUGGCGAAACGAAUCUCUUCCAUAUUCUCCCUUUCACUCACACGAGACGACAAGGUCAACGAGUCAGCACAUAUUCAUGCUUCCCAACAUAUCGGGUCUGAAUCACCUGUUCACUCGGUCGAGGGAGGCCCCAAUAAGCUGCACAAGCACCAUCUCGCUGCCCCCUCCGAGCUCAGUAUCGAAGAUGGCCUCUCACCCCUUGCUCCUCCUCCCCUUGUCUCAGAUGAGGGGGUUUUCAGACCUCCGAGCAGCCAUCGAAGUGGACCAGACAGCAGGCUUGGUAGCAGAGCAAGCAGCCCUGCCAGUCUAAAUCUUGUACAGAGUCGGGAGGAGAGCCGGAGCCGACCUCAGACGCCAGUCUUUCCGGCUCCGCCAGGCGCGUCUGUGACCAACAGCCCUAGUCAAGCAUUCACACCAACAUCUGGGAAGAUCAAGAAAAAGAGCUGGGCGCUUACAAAGCCUGGAGGACAGAAUCAUGAUGAAGAGUAUGCGCAGGCUUGGAUCGCGGGAUUGCGAGAGUUAGUUCCGUAUGAUCUAGCGGCCUUGCUACGAGGAGACAAGGUAUCUGAAAUCUGGAACGAUCAAGGCGAUACCUUGGUCUAUCUCUACCCUCCUUCGUCGAAGAAAGGUCCAUGUUUCAAAUUUCAUUCGUCACUCCUUAUGGAUUCGAGAACACUUCUCAAUCUGCGAUUUGCGUCUCCGACAUCUCCGGUUGAAAAUGACGAUGACCUGCAAAAGCUCCAAGUCGCGCUCGCAGAACUGACCACCGCCUCGCAGGGCACUCGACCGCCAUCACAAGCAAGCUCAACUGCCUCGAGACCAUCCUUGAACUUUUCAGUGCCCAACAUUAAUACUUCUUUCAACGACCAAAAGCACGUCUACCUCCCUCUAGGUUUCGACAGAGAUCUGUCACAUCCGGGAACAGAACCACAAGGAAAUGACCUAGAACUGGUUGUUCUGUACCGUAACUUCUUCGCAUUCCUUACUGGCGGUGCUUUAGUCGCUACUCCGAGGCAAGUAACUCUGUUUUCGAUAAUGAUGGGAAUCAGUACCAUCCUAAAGAGAUUCUCAUUCACAAAUUCAGAUGGUUCAACAUUCGGCGAAGUGCCAACUUCAAGCUUUGCACGAUAUUGUGACGAGCUGAGACUGGGAGAUGUACGUACAAGCAGAGAAAAGACGAUCGAGGCUAUCGUGCUGGGAGAGCAAUUCAGAUCGUGGACACUGUACAACGAAGGCUUCACCCAUGCAGUUGGCAAGUUGGCUGAUAUCAAGGCCAUCAAAAGCCCUAAAUACGAAAAGAUAUCUCCUAUUACCGUCAACCGUCUGGAACGUGCACAAUUGGAGCUCGAGCAGAAGCUAGUCAACCUCACCGGAAAGCUGAACGACUUUGACUUUCCGUCGAUGUUUGCGGGUAUCGCAAAUUCUCAGUCGUCUACCGAGGCUAAAAUGGUGCGUUUCAAGGAAUGGAAAGUGGCCUUUCUCGAUUUUCGAAAGUUUACCCUGUCUUACUACCGCCGUCAAUAUGGUUCUUGGCCACCAAAGGCGUCCUCCAAGAAGAACAACUUCGAAGAGAGUGGCUUGAACAGAGUCCUUCUGAAGGAGCUAUACAAGGAUUUCAUUGACUUGUAUGACAUUCUUGUCGACCAGACAAGCCUAACGACCAGGACUGUUGAUAUGCCUCCCAUGGCUGACGACGCUGAGACUAGUGAUCUCAACGAGUCAAUUCAACAUGCGAUCAGGCGUGUCGAGAGUGAAUAUGACCGGGCUACGCCACCUGUCGUUCCUCCCAUGCCCUUCGACACUCCUCUCCUACCACAGUUCUCCCACAGCUUCAAUCGCAGACAUGUCGUUGUGUCGGACAAAACAGCUUUGCAAAGCAAGAAAUUGCGAGAAAACGAGGUUAAUGAAGUCUUGUUGGGAUCAUACAAUCGGACCUCCAUAAAUGCAAGUUCAUUCGUUCAAGAAUUCUUCAGCUAUGAGCGCCGUCUGGGCCACGGAAAGGUUCUCGAACAAAUCGUUGACGCCCGAUGUGGACAAUGGCUCUUUUUGUAUGCUGUCCUCCAGGCACUUCCAUUAAUGGUUGUGGACGCGCGAGAUCUACAAUACACUGAUGGUGUUGAAUACUUUGUGUGCAUUGCCCCUCGAGGAGGCAGGCCAUGGAUGAAGGAUGACCAAUCAACUUCGAGGUCAUGGUACAAUGUCGCUAGUGGCGGUGGUAUUGUGAGCCUACCCGCCGAUCAGAUCGACCACAGUGUUGAAGGAGUUUACCGACGAAGUCAUUGCUGGACAGCAGCAACAGAAUGGAUACCUGCGAAAGGCGAUGAUGGUCAGCAUGUGUACCCGGGUCAGGUACCUAGCAUCAAGUCACAAGCAUGGAAUGGUCAAAUUGCUGCUCCUCAAUACCGAAACCCGCAAGACUCACCAUAUAUAUCUCCGCACGCGUCACCACUGCUGAAGCCAGCCUCAUCUGCAUCCUCUGAUGUUCGAAGAAUCAGUCGUGAUAGGAGUUCGAUCAGCGGCCUUGGAUUAGAGCCAAUUGAUGCGUCAGCUUCUCAUCAGUCAACCUCACGCCCAGCCUCGAUGUUGAGCCAAACGAUCAAAUUUGAGGCAGAUCCAAACAUGACGUUUGAUGCUAUCUUGGGCACGAGCGAUGAGCAACAAAAGCCAAAAGGCAAGAAGGGAAGGAAAUCAGUUCCAAGUCUCAAGUGA